CCGCGUCCUAGAUUCAGCAAUAAAUGGAGGUCACCAAUCAGGAUAUUAUGAAAGAGAUUUUCUUAUGGCCAAUUAGUGCAUUGCCUAAUGUAAAUUUGUCGGGAGUGGACGCAAGCCAGUCGAUCGUUCCUUGUCUCCGCCAUGCCGAAAUACCACCUGCAUUACUUCAAUGGUCGAGGACGGGCUGAAGUGGCCCGUCUGCUGUUUGUCGCGGCAGGAGUCGAGUUCGAAGACGUCAGGAUCCCUUUCUCACAAGAGGAUCCCGGGUUAAAUACCUGGAAGGAAAAGAAGUCAACUUACCCGUAUAAGCAGGUGCCAGUCCUUUACAUUGACGGGGUUGAGCGACCACUGACGCAGAGUUUUGCUAUUCAUCGUUAUCUCGCAAGAGAAUUCGGUAUGAUCGGCAAGGAUUCCUUUGAGACAGCGCUAGUGGAAGAGGUGAUAGAGCUUACCACCGAAAUCUGGAUGCCAAUGGCAAUAGCCAAGUGGGAGAGAGAUGAGACGAGACGGGCUGAAUUGACCAAACAAUUCAGAGAAAACAAGUGUCCGACUGUUUUAGGCUACUUAGAAGAAGUUCUUCGUCGCAACAACGGGGGAGACGGAUUCUUCGUCGGAGACAGUCUGACUGUUGCCGAUCUUGCGGUAUACAAUACCCUGGAAUCUAUGCUCGUAAAACCAUACCUUGGCACAGAUUGGAAACCCGCCAUGGCCAAGUUCCCCAAACUGGAGGCGCUGUUCCACCGAAUCAGCAAGAUUCCAACCAUAGCAGCUUAUUUCGAGAAGAGGCCAGAUUUUUCAUUUUGAAGACAGAAACAGAAAUAUAAGCAACUGCAAACUCUGUUCCAUCGCGUCUACACCACGGUUCCUAUCACCGUGAUCUUAUCCUAGUAUGCUGGUUGUGACUUUGUCCUCAAAGACCGAUUCAGAUAAAAGACCUCGGUUAUCAAACGUUUUGUCAGUAGACAUCAUCAACGGAAGACAAGUACCCAAAUUUAAUAACAUAUCAUCAGUAAAAAGCAGUCACUAGAUAUCAAUGGAUCGAAAGACAAUAAUAUGCCAUGAAAUGUCGUCAGUAUAUUCCAAUGGACAUGCGUGUGAAUGACACUUCAGUCAGCAGACAUCAAUAAGAGACCAGCGUCUUCAUGCCAUUUCAUCGGCAGACAUCUAUUGAAGACAAGCGUCUGAAUGAAAUUUUAACAGUAGAAAGAAAUGAAGGACAACAAUUUAGCAUACUGCUGUUUAUUCACUGUUCACACUUGAAUAUAAACACACAAUCUGAUAACAUAGUAUAAUAUCAAACGGUUACACAUUCAGACCGACUGGGUGUACCACAUCUCUGCUGAUCAUGGGCAUAUAGACCAGUUAUAUGCCAAAAUUAUUUGGCAUAGAAUUUUCAGAAUAUGGCACACAUUUCAUUGUUACAAGCAAAAACCCACGAUUUUAAAGUUAUGUUCUCUUCUAAUGUGGUGUAUCUAUGAAUAUUGUAUCGGGUGAUAUGAAUAAAGACUAGCAAAUGCUUUUACUCCGGUUUUGUACAGGAAGGCCUAGUGUAAAUGUACAUGGAGAUUUAGAUAAAAGCAUUUGCUAGUCUUUAUUCAUAUCACCAACAUUGGUAGCGUUGCACUGCAGAACAAACAUUCUAACAUUAUUUUACAUUAUUUUACAUUAUUUUACAUUGUUUUACAUGAAACACUGAACAAGACAAUAAAUCCAAUUUGACAACCACACAAUAUGUGAGAUCUUAUCUUCACUAUUUUACAAGGAAGUUAUACAAUAUUCAAAACGGACAAUUUGUAAUUCUUGUGAACAGGUUAUUAUGAGAACAUUGGUUUUGUGAUAGUG